GUUUGAGUAAGAGAUAAGGAAGAGAGGUGCCGAGCCGCGCCGAGUCCGCCGCCGCCGCAGCGCCUCCGCUCCGCCUGCUCCGCCGGCUCCAAGUGGACUCCCGACCCGCCAGGGCGCGGCGCGGCGGGCAGCGGCUGCUCAGCCUCGGCAGCCCCGGGCCACUGUCUCCCACUUAGCCACAGCGCCAGCAUCCUGUCCGUGGGCUGGGCACCAACUGUCCAACCACCAUUGCACUGUGGACAUUACUCCCUCUUACCGAUAUGGGAGACAUGGGAGAUCCACCAAAAAAAAAACGUCUGAUUUCCCUAUGUGUUGGUUGCGGCAAUCAAAUUCACGAUCAGUAUAUUCUGAGGGUUUCUCCGGAUUUGGAAUGGCACGCGGCGUGUUUGAAAUGUGCGGAGUGUAAUCAGUAUUUGGACGAGAGCUGUACGUGCUUUGUUAGAGAUGGGAAAACCUACUGUAAAAGAGAUUAUAUCAGGUUGUAUGGGAUCAAAUGCGCCAAGUGCAGCAUCGGCUUCAGCAAGAACGACUUCGUGAUGCGCGCCCGCACCAAGGUGUACCACAUCGAGUGUUUCCGCUGCGUGGCCUGCAGCCGCCAGCUCAUCCCCGGGGACGAGUUCGCGCUGCGGGAGGACGGGCUCUUCUGCCGCGCGGACCACGACGUGGUGGAGAGGGCCAGCCUGGGCGCCGGGGACCCGCUCAGCCCCCUGCACCCGGCGCGGCCGCUGCAAAUGGCAGCCGAGCCCAUCUCUGCCCGGCAGCCGGCCCUGCGGCCCCACGUCCACAAGCAGCCGGAGAAGACCACCCGCGUGCGGACUGUGCUGAAUGAGAAGCAGCUGCACACCUUGCGGACCUGCUACGCCGCCAACCCCCGGCCCGACGCGCUCAUGAAGGAGCAGCUCGUGGAGAUGACCGGCCUCAGCCCCCGCGUGAUCCGGGUCUGGUUUCAGAACAAGCGGUGCAAGGACAAGAAGCGGAGCAUCAUGAUGAAGCAGCUGCAGCAGCAGCAGCCCAACGACAAAACCAAUAUCCAGGGGAUGACAGGAACUCCCAUGGUGGCUGCCAGCCCGGAGAGACAUGACAGUGGCUUACAGGCAAACCCGGUGGAGGUGCAGAGUUACCAGCCACCUUGGAAAGUACUGAGCGACUUCGCCUUGCAGAGUGACAUAGAUCAGCCUGCUUUUCAGCAACUGGUCAAUUUUUCCGAAGGAGGACCGGGCUCCAAUUCCACGGGCAGUGAGGUGGCUUCCAUGUCCUCCCAGCUCCCGGACACCCCCAACAGCAUGGUAGCCAGUCCCAUUGAGGCAUGAGGAACACUCACUCAGCUGUAUUUUUUUUUUUUUUUCCCUGUUGGAGACAGUGGGAAAUUAUAAUGUUGAACUCCGAAAAACAAACGUAUUUAACGACCCAGUCAAUGAAAACUGAAUUGAGGAAUGAACGCUCCAUGAAAUGCACGGUCUGUUUUAAUGACAAGGUAAUAUGGUAGCAACACUGUGAAGACAAUCAUGGGAUUUUACUAGAAUUAAAAACAAACAACAAACAAAACCCAAACCCAACAUACACGCUAUCCAGUGACCUUAGGAGUACUGAAAAAAAAAGAAGAAAAAGAAAAGAAAAAAAAAAAAAGACGUUUUUAAAACGUAGAGGAUUUGUAUUCAAGGAUCUCAAAAAAAGCGUUUCUUUUCACCGCACACGCAGAGGAAGGCAGAAACAGAUUUCCUGGUCCAUCCUAUUCUGAAGGGUGCUGUUUCUAUGCUGGUGGUUGGCUUGCCGAACAGGAGCCCAGCAGAGGAGCAGGAAGGGAAACUGGCUGAAAGAGCCCUUUCAGGAAGGAGCUGCGCGGUUGGCCAUGUUUUCAGUUGACUUUAACAAGGGGUUAAUUGAAAUCCUGGGUUUCUUAGCUUGUCCUGUAGCUGGUUUCUUUUUUCCUUUUGCCCCCGACUCCUCCCUUCCCCUCUUUUCUUUUUUUUUUUUUGAGAUCCAUCCUCUAUCAAGAAGUCUGAAGCGACUUUAAAGGUUUUUGAAUCCAGAUUUAAAAACCAACUUCUAAAGCAUUGCAACAAGGUACCUCUAUUUCGCCACAAGCGUCUCGGAUUGUGUUUGACUUGUGUCUGUCCAAGAACUUCUCCCCCAAAGAUGUGUAUAGUUAUCAGUUACAAUGACUGUUUUCUCUCUCUCUGGAAAUAAAGAG